GCUUUUUAGUAGAAUAUCCAAUGUCCACUGAUUGUAGAUUAUUAAAGCUAUAGUAUAUCUUUCCUCAUUUCUUUGUUUUCAAUUUCGACUUGCCAUCUUUUUUAAUGCUUACAAGAAGAUAGACAACCUUAAAACCACAGUUGAAUAAUAUUCUGGAAGUACUCACCAUCACUUGUUCAAUUUCAGCUAGAAUCACUGCCCUUAUUCCAUGGAUACCACAGAUAAUCUCAAGUUAACUGCCCUUCCGUCCUCUUCUUCGUCUCCACCUAGUAGCUGGGAUGUCUUCCUGAGCUUUUAUGGAAAGGACACGCGAAGAAACUUCAUUGCCAAUCUUUACUUUGCUCUGGAUCAAGCAGGAGUUCAGACCUUCAGAGAUGAUCCGUCACUUGAAAAGGGUGAAGAAAUAUCAAAGGGAUUAUGUAAUGCAAUCAGGAGUUCAAAGAAGUUUGUCGUGGUUAUAUCAGAAAACUAUGCUCGUUCGCCAUGGUGCCUUGAUGAGCUCGUAGAGAUUCUUGAUUGCAAGAGAACAGAGACUCAGGUUGUUCCUGUUUUUUACUAUGUUAAUCCAUCAGAUCUGCGGUACCUGAAAGGGAGUUUCAGGGAAGCUCUUGAUUUUCAUAAACAAAGUUACCCUGUUACUAAGAUAAAGAAGUGGAGAUCUGCUCUUGCUGAAAUCUCAGACCUAUCAGGAUCCACCCUGAAAAAAGAUGCAGAUGAGAAUGAAUCGGACACCAUCCAAGAAAUUGUGGAGAAUGUGGCGCUACAAGUCUCUACAAAAGCGUUACACCUCGAGGAAUGUCUAUUUGGGGUGGAUUCUGCUGUUGAAAAAAUGUAUAAAAAACUAAACAUCGAGUCAGAUAAUUUCUGUGUCAUUGGGAUAUGGGGGAUGGGUGGAAUUGGGAAAACUACGACCGCCAAAUCUUUUUUCAACAAAUAUUCAGAGGAUUUUGACAUCAGCUGCUUUGUUGAAAAUGUUAUACAAAAUUCAAAAGGAAGCAAUCCUCUGCUUUCUUUACUUGAGCAAUUACUAAGUGAGCUUCACAGAAGGAAGGAUUAUAAGGUCCCUGAUGUUGAAAGAGGAAAAAGAUUAUUGAAACAAAUUCUUUCUUCUAAGAAAGCCCUCGUAGUUCUCGAUGAUUUGGAGCAGUCAAGUCAUUCAGAGCUGCUUGUAUGGAUUUGCAACUUGUUUUCUAAAGGAAGUAGAAUCAUUGUUACGACAAGGGAUGUAAACUUGCUAUAUCGAUUGAGAGUGGAUAUAUCAAAAGUAUAUAUACACAAGGUGAAGGAAUUGAGUCCAGAGGAAUCGUUAGAGCUCUUUAACUAUCGUGCCUUCAGGAAAACAACACCACCCGAAAACUUAAGAGAGCUCUCAGUAAAGAUUGUAGAUUAUGUUGAAGGCCUCCCUUUGAUCAGUAAACAUAGUGUAACACUAUGUUUGGUUGGGAUGAAUGAAAUUUGCUAGGAAUGGAAUGAAAUUGAGAAUGGAAUGGUGGGAGAAUGGAAACAAGUUUGAAUGGAAUGGAUCGAUUCAAGGUGGUUGUUUGGUUCAUUUUUUUAUGGUUGGAAUGGAAUGAACAAUUCCAUUCAUUUGAGUUGUUUGGUUACUCAAAGGAAUGGAAUGGUAAUUAAAUAUAUUUUUUUAGCAAAUAUUCCAUGUAAAACUUUAAUUUUCAGAAUUUAUAUAUUAUUACAUACACAAA